AAUGGCUGGUCUUUGGUCUUUGUAUACCAGCCUCAGACGAAGCGCGAACAAAGGGAACCGCAAGUCUGAAGCUUUGAACUGGGAAUAGGCGAAGGAAAUAUAGAACGGGAAGAAAAAGCCUCCGACGACCGCCUCCAGCCCGCCGCCACCGCACGUGCGCACCACGCAGAGACGCCCCGCUUGACCGCCUCCAGCCUCCAGGACCACGACCGCACCAGUCCGGCAGUCCACUUUCCACUCUAGGGCCGCUACCCGUCGGAUCCCCAAUUUCUCAGGACCGUCCCUGAGGAAGGGAAUGAGUGGGACAUCAAGUCUGUCACAGCUAUGGCAACAUCCUUCAUCCACACGCUUACUCAGGAGCUGCAGUCUCUCCAAAAGUCAGUACACAGUGAUUGGAAGAGUUAUGCAUCCCAUGUCAUGCUUGUGCAAGCAGGUGCAAACCACUGCUUAUGAAGUUGUAAAUGGAAGCUACAUCCCGAAUCGUGAUUCUAAACUGGAUGAAAGAGUAAAAUCAACUACCCCAUUAGAAAACACGGGUGCCUUUAAAAAGUUACCCAUGGUAAUGCCAUCAGUGGAUAUAUUAUAUUCGGCACUGAGGAAAGCAAAGAGGGUCUCACCUACAAAAGUUUGAAAAAUCAUCAUCAUUACCCCAGUGGCGCAAAGGCUCCCACCUACGGUGAGGCAUUGCUAAUAUUGCAAAGCGAGAGAGAAAUCGAGGUGCAAAACAACUUGAUGCGCUGUUGAAGGAGCUAGCUCUUCCAUUGAAGACAUAUAGGGAGACUUUCCCAAUAAAACAGUGUUUGCAUCCUUAUGAAAGAUCUUUGAUUGAGUUGACACUAGGAGAUGGAAACUAUGAAGCGGCUUUGGGAAAGAUUGAUGCAUUGAGGAAGAAGGUUGUGUCAGUUGGAAAAGAACAUGCCUCUCUCUGUGCCAAGUCAUCGACAAAGCGUGAAGCGGAGGAGCGAUUGAGUGAGGGAAUGAAAAACCUUGAAGACAUUUUUCAAAGUGAAGGAAAAGCUGUUGAUGAGCUGAUGGACAUUGCCAAGACAUUGAGAGCAAUGCCAGUUAUUGAUUUGGAAACUCCAACUCUUUGUCUUGUGGGCGCUCCUAAUGUUGGUAAAUCAUCUUUGGUUCGUGUACUUUCAACCGGGAAACCAGAGAUCUGCAAUUAUCCGUUUACAACUCGAGGAAUUUUAAUGGGGCAUAUUACUUUGAGCUACCAGAAUUUUCAGGUUACUGAUACCCCUGGUAUCUUGAGGCGGCGUGAUGAGGACAGGAAUAAUUUGGAGAAGUUGACGAUUGCUGUUCUGAGUCACUUGCCAACAGCUGUACUUUAUGUCCACGAUUUAUCCGGAGAGUGUGGAACAUCACCUUCCGAUCAGUUUGCGAUUUAUAAGGAAGUAAGGGGCAGGUUUAGUAAUCACAUCUGGCUUGAUGUUGUCUCUAAAUGUGAUCUGCUGCAAGAAUCCCCUGUCAUCUUUGUAACAGAAGAUAGCAAAACAGACCAUCCCGAGCUUGUAAAGUACAGGAAAAUGGGACCUGACGGAGCGUUACACGUGUCCGUGAAGAGCGAAAUCGGGCUUAAUGACUUGAAGAGCAGAGUCCAUCAGCUACUUGUAUCUCAAUCAGAAAGGAUUGAAACCCCAAAGGGUACCAAGGAAAAUUUUGUAGCUCUAUAGACCUUCCAAUAAAAUGCUAUCAAUAUGGAUGAGGUUAAGUUUGUGAGCUUGUUUGGUACUCCACUUUUUUGGCUCAUACACCCAAUCUUUCACUCAAGGCUAGCUUAUUUGACUCCAGUAGUAUAAAAUGUUUUGCAAAAUCUGUUAUGUAUAUGCAUUUUGUUGAAAUACAAUCUUUUAAAUAUUAGUUCCUUUCCAUCUAUAUUUUUUCAAAUGAAUUUUAUAGUCAUUUCAAUCAAAUCUACCAAAGGGGUUGAAAUUUACGGAGCAAUAAAUAUGUAGUUGAGAACUUGAGAAGUCCAUUACUACAUCAUCGAUGUCACCUUUACUUUAGAAUUUUCUUUUCUUUUGUUUUAUAAUUAGUGUAAAGAAUCAUCAUUUCAGAAUUGAGGAAUGAGAGAAGCCGCGUUGUGAAGCUUUAUGUGGAAUUGUGGUUUUACUUUAUGAUUGGUGUAAAGAUGUUCAUUUCAGAAUUGAGGAAUGAAAGGAAACACGUAGUAAAGCUUUAUGCGGAAUUGGAUUCGUACUAGCAGUAGCAGCUAUUACAAGUAGAUUGAUCUUUUUAUCUUUACCACAAGAAUAAAUACUUGUUCUUUAAUAACGACUGGUUGGAAUCGCGAUCUUCUUGCUUCGUGCCGAUUCCCAAGCCAAUGCAGAAUAAAGUACUUUUGUAUAAUAGAAGUGAAAAACAAUUU